UCUGGAAAGCCCCGGCAGCUCUGGGACUCCAACGGAGAGCUUUUCUCUUUCAGAUUGGCUUUUCUGGUGGCUCCAUGGAACAACCUCAACGGCUGAGGAAUGAGAUGGUGUGCCUGGCUGCAGACAUGGACACUAUGAAGAAGCCGGACGAUUUCCAGAGAUACUUCUGGCCAUUCCAAGGGUCUGGGAGCGAAGUGCUGAUCCAGGUACCGGCACAAAUGCCUCUGCAGACCAUCACCGUGCAGCAGAGCUCCGAGAGAGCCUCUCCGCUGGGGACUGCCAUCAGUGCCCCCCGAGAUUUCGCUGUCUGUGGGCUGGAUGAGGAAGGCGAGGAGGAAACUCUGCUGGGGACAUGCAGCUGCAGCAGGCAGGAGAAGCCCCACCAGUGCUUGCCUCUGCAGAAUGGGAUCCCCAAACCUGGUGAUUGGAGCAGCUCGGGAAACCCAGCACAGAGGCUCAUUUGUUGGAUGGAGGCGAUGGGGAAGAUGGUGGGAAGAUGGGCAUCUUUCCUGACGCGGCAAAAGGAGACGACGCUCCCGAAGCCUUUCCCUGCCUAA